CGCGCACAGCAGUGACGAGGGAUCCCUCCACCACCGGCGCGCACGGACACAACCGAUCGGAGAUGUCGUUCACCCUGGAGGACACGCUGGAGUCGGACUGGGUGGCCGUGAGGCCCAACGUGUUCGAGGAGAAGGAGAGGCACAAGUUCGUGUUCAUUGUGGCCUGGAACGAGGUGGAGGGCAAGUUCGCCAUCACCUGCCACAACCGGACGGCCCAGCGCCAGAGGAGCGCGGAUAAGAGCACCGGCCGCAGUCCCCGGGGCAGCCCAAAGAAGGAAGCGGCGGCCCGUGAGGAGCAGGAGGAGGGGGAGGAGGAGAGCAGCUGGGCCGGACUCUUCUCAUUUCACGACCUGCGGGCCGUCCACCAGCAGUUGUGCUCCGUCAGCGGAGAGCUGGAGCCCUGCCUGCCCUCCUUCCCCGAGGAGCCGUCCGCCGUGUGGUCGGUGCUGUUCGGGGCCCCGGAGCUGAGUGAGGAUGAGGUGGAGGAUCUGGGCCGCCGCCUGCAGCUCUACCUCAGCCAUGCCUUGGACACCUGCGGAUGGAGGAUCCUCUCACAGGUCCUCUUCACAGAGAGUGACGACCCCGAGGAGUACUACGAGAGCCUGAGCGAGCUGAGACACAAGGGCUAUGAGGAGGUGCUGAGCCGGGCCCGGCGGAGGCUGCAUGAGCUGCUGGAAAAGCACAAAGUGACAGAAAACAUGGUUGACCUACUAGAGCUGUAUCAGAUGGAAGAUGACGCUUACAAUGCUGUUGUAGAAGCCACCACAGAACUUUAUCAAUAUCUUUUACAGCCAUUUCGGGAUAUGAGAGAGCUGGCAAUGUUAAGACGGCAGCAAAUAAAGAUUUCCAUAGAGAAUGAUUAUUUAGGCCCGAGAAGAAUUGAGAGCCUGAAGAAAGAAGAUGCAGAUUGGCAGAAGAAAGCUCACAUGGCCGUACUUUCUAUUCAGGACCUAACCGUUAAAUAUUUUGAAAUAACAGCAAAGGCCCAGAAGGCUGUGCAUGAUCGCAUGAGAGCUGACCAGAAGAAGUUUGGCAAGACGGCCUGGACGGCUGCUGUGGAGCGCAUGGAAAAGCUGCAGUAUGGGGUUUCCAAGGAGACUUUACAACUGAUGCGAGCAAAAGAAAUUUGUCUAGAACAAAAGAAACAUGCACUGAAAGAAGAGAUGCAGAGUUUACAUGGUGGAGAAGAAGCGAUAGCUGUAUUAGACCGAUUAGAGGCAGAUUAUUACACUCAUCAGCUUCAGCUGUAUGAAGUCCAGUUUGAGAUUCUCAAAUGUGAGGAGCUGCUACUUACAGCUCAGCUGGAGAGCAUCAAACGCCAGAUGUCAGAGAAAAGAGAUGAAGUUGUCUAUUAUGAUACAUAUGAAAGCAUGGAGGCAAUGCUUGCAACUGAAAACAUGGCAGCUUCUAUUCAUUUACAAAGAGAAGAGCUGCAUAAACUUCAGCAGAAAGUUCGGCAGCUUGAAGCAAAACGUGGCCGAAUUUCAGCCAAGAAAGCCUACCUCAGAAACAAAAAGGAGAUCUGUAUUGGCAAGCAUACAGAGAAGAUUCAGCAGCGACUUCAUAGUGAUGAGGAAUUUAGAGAACACCAUGCUACACAGCUAAAACAUGACAAACCGCAAGAUGAAGAAGAACAAACGAGCACUUGGGUCAGUCAGGAGCGACAGAAGACCUUGGAUAGACUCCGCACAUUUAAACAGCGUCAUCCUGGGCAAGUGAUAAUGAAGUCGACAAGACUGCGUUUGACUCCUGGCAGAAGGAAACUCACAGCAAGAAAUACCCCCAGCCUUGAUGAACCGCAGUCCCUCUCUGUCAGUAUUCAGACACAAGGGAUACCUGAUGUUGAAGGACUAGAGGUUUUACAGCCAUUGGCCGUUCGUAAAAUGGAUAACCUACCACAGCUUGAAGAGAAUUCUUUACCUCCUAAUGCAGUUAGUUCUGAACUUCCUAAAACAGCUUCUCUUCCCACUUUCACCAGUGAAAAACUUGAACUUAAUACUGUACAACCCCAGUCUCUGCCUGUGUCUUCUGCUCCACCUCCUCCUCCACCGCCACCACCACCUCCACUUCCUUUAAAAGAAGAGUCAGAACCUUUAGAUGUCAGAGUUAUACAUGUCAAGAAGGAGCCAGAGGACGCUGCACCUCCAGCAACCGCAGGUGCCCCCUUAUCACAGUUAUUUGAUAGCAGUCAACUUGUCAGUGCCAGAAAAAAGCUGAAGAAAACAGGAGCUCUUGAAGGCCUUCACACAAGAAGAGUGAGCUCACCAAUGGAUGAAGUUUUGGCUUCCCUAAAACGUGGAAGUUUCCAUCUGAAAAAAGUGGAUCAGAGAACACUGGCACCUUGUCCUGACGAGGAUGACAGCAAUAAUAUAUUGGCACAAAUCAGGAAGGGGGUGAAAUUGAAGAAGGUGCAGACAGACGUGUUAAGAGAAUCCUUCACACUCUUGAAUGACGCAGACCCGCUGACACGCAGCAUUCAUGAGGCACUUCGACGGAUUAAAGAGGCUUCACCUGAAUCGGAUGAUGAAGAGGAGAGUUUGCCUUACACAGACUGGGACAAUUAACU